UAGAUUACAAAACCAAACAAAUGUAGCUGCCGCCUUUAACAUUUGAAAGGAAGGGGCUUUCCGCCACUAACCUCACAUCACCCCUUUCCUCGUUCGUUGUUCUUUCAAUUUUUGAUGAUUUGAUGAACAUGAAUUCAUCCACUUGCCCCUUCUGUCAUUUAUCUGUUCCUUUCUCUGAACUCCAAUCGCACGCCAACGCCCAUUUCGACGACAACGACGCCGAUUAUAGCUCCCCUUCGGCUAGUGGCUUGCAUUUUGAUGGAGUAAGGGGUAGGGAUAAUGUGGUGUUGAAAAUGGAUGAAAAGAUCUCUUGCUUAGUUGAUGUGCAAAGAAGGGGAGAGUUUUACAAGGUUGAAAGAGGUUUGAUGGCCUUGUUGAGAGACUGUUUGGAGUCUGAGGCUGAAAACUCAAGAAGCAUUUUGACAUGUUAUGUUGAUCAUUUCCAGAGCCUUGAGUUUAAGGAUGUUGGAUGGGGUUGUGGUUGGCGUAACAUUCAAAUGCUCAGCUCUCACUUAAUGACACAAAGGCCAGAAGCAAGAGAAGCUAUGUUUGGCCGUUCAGGGUUUGUUCCUGAUAUCCCAUCACUCCAGAGGUGGCUUGAGAUUGCUUGGGAAAGGGGUUUUGAUGCACCUGGCGCUGAACAGUUUAACCAUGCUGUCUAUGGCUCAAAAAAAUGGAUUGGGGCUACUGAAUGUGCUGCCCUUUUGCGUUCUUUUGGUCUCCGGGUGAGGGUAGUGGAUUUUGGUCCUAAGAAAUCUGAGGAACUCUAUUUAUCUGUCCCUGGUUCAAGUGUUGGGGAAAAGGAUCUUGUGAAAAGUAAAGAUGGAAGGAAGAGGAAAGCAUCAAAUACUUAUGGACCAAUGGAUAGAUAUGUGUCUCGUGGUGUUGCUCAAAAAAGUUGCAACCAAGAUGCAAAGUCAUGUCCUUCCCUUGUACGUGUUGGUGACGCUGUGGAUAACGAAAGUAGUGGUAAUAGGGUAUACGGCAAAGAGAAACUAAAUGAGGGUCACCAAGUUCUUAUGGACUUUGUGUGGAAUUAUUUCUCCCAUAAAAGCACUGUUCAAUUUGAUCACAAGCAUGUUCUUAUCAGUGAGAAAACGCCACUGUACUUUCAGCAUGAUGGACAUUCAAGAACAAUAGUUGGAAUUCAAGUCAAGCAUCAACGGUCUGGAAUUCCACAAUACAAUCUCCUGGUUCUGGAUCCCAGUCAUAGAACUAUUGCUCUAGAAAGAUCUAUUAUAGAGAAAGUUGGAUGGCAGAAACACAUAAAAAGAGGAGUGCACACACUAAAGAAGCCACAAUACCAGUUGUGUUAUGUUGAUCCUGGAAUUGCCAGUGAGGAGGAGAUGGAGAAACUCAAGACAAUUGAUAGUGUCUUCCUUGAAUUUUAAAUAACCAUACAAAGGACCUUGCUACAUAAAGAUGAAACACAUCAAAUUUGAGUUUUAGACGGCUGCAAUUGCACUGAGAUUCAAAACAGUUUCCCUGUGUUACAUUUCAGGAGCUUGAACAUACUAUUUGCCAAGACCGGUUACUAAUGGAACCAGAAUCUGAGCCAUUAAAGGAAGCAACUGCUUCUACAUUCUACAACCACCACCCUCUUGGUCAUGAUCUUCACUAUUUUAAUUUAUAUUGACGUAAUGGUCCCUACCAUCACUGCUUAUGCUUUCACACUCAAAAUUCAGAUAAUAUCAUAUGUUGAUUCAUUUAGUUAUUUUGGAUAAUUUUAAUGCAAUGUUACUUUGGUUUAUAUAAUUUUUCCCUUUUACUCAAA